UGCUGCUGCUCACUACAUGUUACACAUCUGACUUAUGACAACUCCUCUGCGCUGCUGUGGCUCCACCGAAAACUCAAGUUUACUUAGCCUAUAGCCUACACCUCUGGACUUGUGGCGGAGCGCCUGGCUGCUGUCAACUCCUUUCUUUAUUUCUUCGUGGAACAGGAUUGAAAUUCUCGGACAGGUAUUACUAUGCAUCUGAUGAGUGGUGUUACCAUGUGCCUGGGUGUGUUUGGGGCCAUCAGACUGCUCUCCCUCCCCUGGCUCUGCAGUUUGUUGGCAGGGCUGGGGUUCUGCGUGGUGUGGAGGGGCUCCUGGAAGUUCAUACAUGUCGCUCUAUGCACCAUCAAAAGAGACCUAAUGUGUCUAUUUGUCAUCCUGCGAGUGAGGUUUUCCAUGUACCGUAAUUUGCGAAAUAGAAGCACCAUCCCUGCCCUGUUUGCCCAGACGGUGAGGCUGCAUCCAGACAAACCUGCUUUGAUCUACGAGGCUACUGGAGAGGUUUGGAGUUUCAGGGAGCUGCAGGAGCAGUGCCAUGCCGUGGCACACUGGGCGCUGGCACAGGGAUGGGCUGAGGGAGAUGUGGUGGCCUUGUACAUGGAAAGCCAGCCUUUAGUGGUGGCUCUCUGGUUGGGUCUGGCUAUGGUCGGCGUGGAGGCGGCACUCAUCAACCACAACCUUCGACAGCACUCGCUGCUGCACUGUGUUGGCAUAUCUGGUGCUCGGGCAAUGGUUUUCGGGACAGAGAUGAGAAAAGCGGUGUCAGAGGUGAGUGGCUCUUUGCAGCCCCACAUGGUUUUGUUCAGCAGUGGAGAGCAGGGCGACGAAGAGGAGCUUCCCAACCUCCAGGUUCAGAGCCUGAACGCCCUGUUGGACCGUUCGCCCAAACACCCGACACGCUACACACUCACGAAGGAUUUCAAUGACAGACUUUUCUACAUCUACACUUCUGGUACAACAGGAAUGCCGAAGGCAGCUGUGGUGGUGCACAGUCGGUAUUAUCGCAUCGCUGCCUUUGGUUUCCACUCCUUUGGCUUGCGUCAUGAUGACAUCAUCUACAACUGCCUUCCCCUGUAUCAUUCUGCAGGUACCAUCAUGGGUUUAGGCCAGUGUCUACUCUUUGGUUUGACUGUUGUAGUCAGAAGGAAGUUCUCAGCCAGCCGCUUCUGGGAUGACUGUGUCAAAUACAACUGCACUGUAAUUCAAUACAUAGGUGAGAUUUGUCGUUAUCUGUUGGCCCAGCCGGUCCGUUCAUCUGAGGCACAGCACCGGGUGCGUCUUGCCCUUGGUAACGGCCUCCGUCCUUCUGUGUGGGAAGAGUUUGUCCAGAGGUUCAGAAUCCGACACGUCGGGGAAUUUUACGGCGCCACAGAGUGCAACUGCAGCCUGCUCAACAUCGACGGAAAGGUGGGGGCGUGUGGCUUCAACAGUCGCAUCUUGCCCAGUUUUUACCCCAUCAGACUGGUCAAGGUGCAGGAGGAGAACGGAGAGCUGCUCAGGGAUUCACAGGGACUCUGUAUACCCUGUCUGCCUGGUGAGCCAGGCAUGCUAGUGGGACGCAUCAACCACUCUGAUCCACUCAGGAGAUUUGACGGCUACGCUGACAGGGAUUCCACCAGUCGUAAAAUUGCUCAAAAUGUCUUCAAGAUGGGGGACUCUGCUUAUGUCUCAGGUGACAUUCUGGUGAUGGAUGAAUAUGGCUACAUGUAUUUCAGGGACCGCAGUGGCGACACGUUUCGUUGGCGAGGGGAGAAUGUCUCCACAACAGAGGUGGAGGGAGUCCUCAGCCGCCUGCUGGGACACACUGUUGUAGCUGUCUACGGAGUUUCUGUACCAGGUGUGGAGGGGAAGGCCGGUAUGGCUGCAAUAGCUCACACAGAAGGCCAGUUUGACCUCGAGGCAUUCUUGAUCGCUGUACAGAAAGCCCUGCCUUCCUACGCACGCCCCAUGUUUCUGCGACUCAUGCCAUCUGUUGACACUACAGGUACCUUCAAAAUCCAGAAGACACGGCUGCAGAGGGAAGGAUACCAGCCACAAGACUCAGACGACGAGAUUUAUUUUCUGAACAGUCGUGCUGGGCGUUACGAGGCAGUUACUGAUGAACUAUAUAAUGCCAUCAUGGAGGGGAAAGUGCGCCUAUGAGACAGGAGGAGGCUGAGAAGAUACAGACUUUUGAAGAGGAUAGUGUGUAUAUUUCAAAGGGGAAAGAGAGAGAGAGAAAAACCACAGGGAUGUUUCUCUAGAGGGCAAAUACAUCUCUACAUACUGACGUGGAAAUACCAUUGUGUUGCUGUUUUUUGCAAUAAAACUCAUCUAUUUUUUUAACCGAA